CCACCGUAGUAGCCCUCGGUGUUUGCUAGCUGUGCUAACCUGCUAACCUGCUAACCUCCAGGCUCGGUGCAGAGCAUGGCUGAAUAUUCACACGUGAAAUCGACCAAACUGGUUCUGAAGGGUCUCAACAAAGGGAAAAAGAGAAAGCACAAGGAUAAGAAAAGAAAAGCGACAGAUGAUGAACAAAAACCUGAUGUCGUUGAUGGGUGGUGGUCAGUCAACAACUUUGGAGAAAUUACGGGAAUGGUUGCGAUAGAAAUGCAGAACAACUCGUACAUCCAUGCCGUGGAUACUGGACUUUUCACAGUCGGUGCACCGCACAAAGAUGAUGAAGGACCCGACCCUCCAGAGCAGUUUACUGCCAUCAAAGUCUCUGAUACACGAAUAGCCCUGAAGUCUGGAUAUGGCAAAUACCUUGGCAUCAACUCUGAGGGUUUGGUGGUGGGCCGCUCUGAUGCCAUUGGUGCCAGGGAACAAUGGGAGCCAGUCUUCCAGGAUGACAAAAUGGCUCUCAUGGCAGCAAAUAGCUGUUUCAUCUCCUACAGUGACAGCGGGGACAUUGUUGCCAAGAACAAGAGUGCGGGGGACGGCGAGAUGUUGAAGAUCAGAUCAAGUGCGGACCGAGAGGUCAAGCGUAAAGAUGAUAUUGCAGAUGAGGACAAGGGCAAUGUGAAGUCCUGUGAGAUCAAUUAUGUGUGAGUAACAGAGUGCGGAC